UGUCAGUUAUAAAUAAAACUGCUCGUCUCCUAGUUAACAGUUUCAUUCUUGUUAUAACAUCGAAAGGUUUAACUUAUCUUUAUUAAAAGCAACCAUUGUGUGUGGAGCACUUCCGUUUACAAAAAGAAAAUGAGUUUAAUACCAAGAAUCAGUUAUGAGGAAGAAUUAAAAAAAAAUGUUGAUUUAAAGGACUCUGAUAUAGAAAUAUUAAGGGAAUGGUGCAACAAGCAGCCACAUUUACCAAAAAUCACGGACAGCGAAUUGGCAUUAUUUUUACACAGCAAUUAUUACCGAUUGGAGCCAACAAAAGUUACGAUAGAUACGUACUAUACUGUACGAACUCACGUUCCUGAGUUCUUUUCUAACAGAGAUCCGCUUGGAUCAAAGUCCCUUCGACAAAUAAUGAAAGUUGUUGCAGAAAUACCAUUGAAGGAAACAACGAAAGAUGGUUAUAAAAUAAUUUUCUGCAAACUACUUGACACCGAUCCUUCGCAUUAUGUUUACAACGACGGUAUGAAAUAUUUUAGCAUGAUUUUAGAUUAUUGGCUUUAUAUCGAAGGUACAGGAAUUGGUCAUAUAAUUCUGAUUGAUAUGGAAAAUGUAAGCUUCGGUCACGCAGGCCGAUUGAGUCCUAUGGGACUGAAGAAGUUUCUUUACUAUUUGCAAGAAGCUUUACCUGUUCGUCUGAAAGGUUUACAUUUCAUGAACACAACAGCGGUUAUGGAUAUCAUUCUAAAUAUGAUGAAACCUUUCAUGAAAAAAGAAUUGAUGGAUGUGUUGCACGUGCAUUCCACAUUGGAAAGCGUCGCUAAAUUUAUUCCAUUAGAAAUAUUACCAACCGAUGUGGCCGGUAAAGCAGGUCUUACCAAAGAUUUACACGAAGAAUAUAUAAAAAAGCUCGAAGAUCAUCGACCUUGGUUCCUACAAGAUGAGAUGAGUGGUCGAGUAAAUGAGGCUCUGAGACCUGGUCAAAGUAAAAAUGCAACGGAUCUUUUUGGAGUCGAAGGGAGCUUCAAGAAGCUUGAAAUAGAUUAACAUAAUGAAAUAGAUAUUUUGUACGAAUUAUUUACAAUGAAAAAUGUGAUUUAUAAUGAAAUCUUAAUUAAGAAUAAAUACUAAAUCUCAAAUAAAUUAUCCUUAAUCAU